AUGGAGUUCAACGGUACAUUGAAUGGAGAUCAGAUCGAUGUUCUCUCUACAGUGUACUUAGUGUCCCUUACUCCCAGUUUAAUUGGGAGUUUGUCUGUUCUGGCCGUUUCUAUUGCAAGGUGGAGGCAUCUGCAAGAACAGGUGCUGCCCCUUGUGCAGCUUGCCCUGGCAGACCUCUUGGCUGCGCUCAUCCUGAUGUUCAGCAGCGCUAUUAACAAAGCCAACUUCACCAAUAAUGUGGUCAUCUGCGAGCACGCCCUGCCUCUGUCGCUGACGUUUUACUUUGUGUCGUUUCUGCUGGCGGUCGUUUAUGCAUGGGAAUCCAAAACCGCAAUUCAAGGCUGGAGAGCAAGACGGGGAGGGGAUGAAGAGGAACGGUUCCAGUGCAGAAGGAAAGUAAUAGUUAUACCUCUAUACGCCAGUGUGUGGCUGAUACCCAUUGCGAUGUACAUUGCAUAUGUGCUCACCGCCUACCUGACCGCCGCCCCGCUGUUUCCGCCCAGUGAUGAAAUGGCCAACAGACUCGCUUUUGUCGACAGCAAAUACUGCUCCAGCUGCAUCCUCUUCUUGCAUGUAUGGAAGGAUCCCUGCUCAGAACUUGAGAAAAUCCAUGACACCUUUAUCCGAUUUUUUCUCUUUCUCGUUAUGGUGCCGGUGCUGGUGUCCAGCUCAAUAAUAUAUUAUAAGGUUAGCAGUUGGUAUCAUAGAUAUGGGCAGGAGGGGCUGUUCCCUGUGGAAGGAGAUGGACGUUCAAGAAGGCGCCUGAGAAAAAUGUUCCCCACAGCGCGUAACAUGGUGUUUGUCAUCAUAUUCUGCUGGGCACCAGCGCUCCUCCUCGUGAUUCUGUCUACACUUCCUGCAUGGACGAAGGUUCAACAACAUCAUCUAUUUUGGCUCUUUAUCCUACAGGCAGUCACCGUGUCUCUCCAGGGAUUCCUCAACAGCAUGGUUUACGCCUGGAGACGACCCAACUUCACGGAGGCCGUACUGGGGGAGAACGCGUCCUUGCUGGCGCACAGCCGCCAGGCCUUCUUCGACGAGUCACUCAGGAGCCCGUCCUGA